AUGGCGGCCAGAACCACACGUGAAGUCUCUUUCUUCCUCCUUUCCUUUCUCUCCCUCUGCUUCGCACUCAGAGCCGCAUCACAAACACUAUCCGACGACGAGAAGCGAAUCCUCCUGCAGAUCAAGAGGGAAUGGCGAGACCAACCCGUUCUCGCCACUUGGAACGACACAACCACCUCCUCCUAUUGCGCCUGGACGGGAGUCGGCUGCGCCACCGAUGGCUCCGUCGUCAAUAUCACGCUCUCCGGCCAGGCGACCCCAAAGAUCUCGCAACCGAUCCCCAAUUCCCUCUGCAGCCUCAGGAACCUGACCUACCUCGACCUCAGUUACAACAACAUCCCCGGCUCCUUCCCCACCUCCCUAUACGACUGCUCCAGCCUCCGGUACCUUGAUCUAUCUCAGAACCGCUUCGUCGGCGUGAUCCCCGACGACGUCGACCGCCUCUCGCCCCUGCUCACGCACCUCGAUCUCUCCUCCAACAACUUCUCCGGCGACGUCCCUCCCGCCAUCAGCCGGUUCCCGGCGAUCCAACAAUUAGUCCUCAACAGCAACCUUUUCAACGGAAGCUUCCCGGCGGAGAUCGGCAACCUCUCCCGUCUCCAGACACUCGUGCUCGCCUACAACCCUUUUGCUCCCAGCAGAAUUCCGCCCGAGUUCGGUAACUUGACUCAGCUGGUCUUCCUGUGGAUGACCAGUGCUAAUCUUGUCGGCGAGAUACCACCUUCGUUCUCGAAACUGGAAGCGUUGGUGCAGUUGGACUUGUCGGAGAACUCGCUCACUGGAACGAUCCCCGCCGGAAUCUGGGCGCUCCAGAAUCUGGACUACUUGUAUCUACACAAGAAUAACUUAUCCGGGCCGAUCACGAUUGAUGGGACCAUCGGAGCUCUAGGCCUGGAAGGGAUUGAUGUAUCGAUGAAUCAGAUCAAUGGGUCGAUCCCGAAAGACUUUGGCAAGCUCCUGAACCUGUCUGUCCUCUUCAUGUACUACAACCGGUUAUCUGGCGAGAUACCGGCGAGCAUCGGCCUCCUGCCGUUACUGUACGAUCUCCGGCUGUUCAACAACGGCUUAACCGGCGUCUUGCCACCGGAAUUGGGCAAGCACUGUCCUUUGUGGAACAUCGAGGUCGACGACAACAAGAUCUUCGGUGAGCUACCGGACGGCCUUUGCAAUGGUGGCGCCUUGACCUCCAUCGUGGUCUUCAACAACAACAUGAGCGGAAAGAUACCGCCGUCCCUCGGUAGCUGUUCAACGCUCGACAACAUUCAGGUACAGAGCAACAGUUUCUCCGGCGAGGUGCCCGAUGGGAUCUGGUCGGCGGUGAAUUUGACGACCAUGAUCAUGAGGGAUAACGCCUUCUCCGGCGGCCUCCCGGACGAGCUUCCCUGGAACCUGACGCGGUUAGAUAUCAAGAACAAUCGAUUCAGCGGCCAAGUCCCGUCCUCGGCGGGCAACUUGGUGGUGUUCUUGGCGAGUAACAACAUGUUCUCCGGCAACCUCCCGUCGACCCUAACAGGACUCUCGCGGCUGCAGUCCCUCUCUCUGGAAGGCAAUAUGAUCACCGGAACGAUCCCGUCGGAUUUGUCAGUGCUGAAGUCGCUCGUGGAUCUCAAUCUUAGCCACAACCAGCUGACCGGACACAUCCCGGUGGCGAUCGGGUCGCUGCCGGUGCUGACCUCGCUCGACCUAUCGGCGAACGAACUCUCCGGCUCGAUCCCAACGGCGAUGGCGAACCUGAAGCUCAACUUCCUGAACCUCUCGUCCAACCAGCUCUCCGGCGAGAUUCCGGCGGCGUUGCAGAGCCCGGCGAACGAGCAAAGCUUCCUCUCGAAUCCCAGCCUUUGCGCUGCCAAUUCCAAACUCAACGUCCCCGCCUGCCGAAGGGGCAGCUCGGGCGGGCUGUCCCGUGGCCUCCGCAUCCUCUUCUUCGUCCUCGGCGGGCUCGUGUUCUUGAUGGCCUUGGCGUUCUCCGUCUUCGUGUACAGAGACCACAAGAAGAGAAGCAACGGCAGCGAUCCUGCCGUGUGGAACGUGACCUCCUUCCAGUCGGUGGAUUUCACGGAAUCCAACAUCAUGCGCGGCAUCAAGGAGGAGAACCUGAUCGGCAGCGGCGGGUCCGGCAACGUCUACAAGGUCGACCUAGGGAACCGCGCCGGGGAGACCGUGGCCGUCAAGAAGAUCUGGAGCAGCAGGAAGCUUGACUCCAAGCUGGAGAAGCAGUUCCAGUCGGAGGUGAAGUUCCUGGGAUCCAUCAGGCACAAGAACAUCAUCAAGCUGCGGUGCUGCAUCUCCAGCCCCGACGCGAAGCUACUGGUGUACGAGUACAUGGGGAACGGGAGCUUGGAUCGGUGGCUGCACGGGAAGCGGGCGGCGCCGCUGCAUUGGUCGACCAGGCUGGAGAUCGCCGUCGGGUCGGCCCGAGGGCUGUGCUACUUGCACCAUGAUUGCUCGCCGCCGAUCAUACAUCGGGACGUGAAGUCCAGCAAUAUCCUGUUGGAUAUGGAGUUCAACGCCAAGAUCGCCGACUUCGGUCUGGCACGGAUGCUGGUCAAGCCCGGGCAGCUCGACACGGUGUCGGUAAUAGCCGGCUCCUUCGGCUACAUGGCUCCAGAGUGCGGGUAUUCCAGGAGACUGAACGAGAAAGUGGAUGUGUACAGCUUCGGGGUUGUUCUUCUGGAGCUGACCACAGGAAGACGGGCAAACAAUGAGGGGGAGCAAUGUAACCUGGCAGAGUGGGCCUGGAAGCAGAUCCAAGAGGGAGCAAACCUGAGCGACGCGGUAGACCCGGCCAUAAAAGACUCGCCGCAGAUGGACGACAUAACCAAGGUGUUCAAAUUGGGGCUUCGCUGCACGGAGUCUUCGCCUUCACGGCGGCCGUCCAUGAAGGACGUGCUGCAGGUUUUGAUGAGGUGCAAUCGGCCGCGCGGAGACGAUUGCAAACCCUGCGCUGAGCGCGACGUGGCACCGCUUCUAUCUUCGAAGACGAGUAGUCGACGAAAAGGAUCACCCGAUGAUGGCGAUGAGAACAGUUUGGCAUGCAACGUCUGAGGCAAUGGUUAUUACCUCGUCGUCAUGAGGAUCUCUGAUCACCAAGACACGGUCAAUAUAGAGCAACUAAUGGAAUAUGGCCACCACUUGCUUCACUACAAGGAAAUCACCGGAUGUAGUUGCAGAAGAUUUCUGGCACAGCAACAGCUGCAGAGACAUGACAGACGCAGAAUUCGAAAGGUUAUUGUAUCCCCUCCAUUUGUAUGUCGAUAGUGAAGAGACAACAGGACGAGGAAAAAGAAAGGGAGAGGAAGAAGAGCAUCACCACAAUGCAAUGCAGGUGCAGGAGACAAGCCGGGCAGCAUCAGAACAGCGUCCUCUGCACAAGAUUCUGCCGUCUUCUGUGAACUGACCACCGCUUGCUUACUCUACUAUCAGAUGCAAUCACAUAGGUCAAAUUAAGAACUGCAUACACGACAUAGAAAAGGGUCUUGUACAAAAUGUUUGGAUUCGUUUAGACUGUGCUAGAUGCGAUAGAUAUCAUUUUAAGAUACAGAAAUACCUCUGAAGAUUAUGCCAA